CUUUUUGGCUCGGAUCCCCACUAUUAUUACCUGAAAUCCCGCACACGGGCCACCGUCAUUUUGUUACCGCCCUCACCUUUCACGGCUUCUCCCCAACCUCACUUCAUCUUUCCCCCUUCCACCACCAACGCGUGUUCGACUCUUCGACAUUUCCACGCCUUUUUCAGUCGGCCUCAACCACGAAAGAUCGAUAGAUAUACUUGUUCUGACCGAUCAAGACUAAUUUCCGAUCCAGAAAUAUUCAAGAUCGAUCCUCACAGCCCUUACAAUGAUGCCCACUAGCUGGCCUCCGGCACCGCCUCCUGGCGUUGCCUAUGGAGCACCUCCCGUCAACUAUGCUUACCCUCCCACAUACACCGCAGUCCAGGCUCGACAAAGCUUCGGCCAGUAUCCUCCCCCACCCGCUGCACCUGCCUACAGUACUUCGCCGCCUCCCUUGGCUGCUCCCUUCGACCAAGUUGCUCCUGUUGCUCCUGCCCCGGCUCCACGAAAGGUUGAAUGGCCACCCUCCGUCCGCGAUUACGUCCAACGGUCCUUCCUGCCUCACAACAUGGACCCCUCCGUGCCACGCCCCGAGAUUGAAGCCAAGUUGAAGGAGACCAUUUCCCAGCACAUGGAGAACGGCACUCUCGAGUCAACCGACUGGGAGAAGAUGCCCUUUCCCUCCGACCUGAUCCGAAACGAGCGCCAGUCCCAGCUCAACUCCGCUAUGAACCUCUCAUCUCCAUUUGCAUCGCGAUAUGAUGGCUCAGUGUCUGCCAACCCCAAGAAGAGAAAGUCGUCUGAUUUUACCCCGGAUGAAAAGUCUUCUGCCGUGCCUUGGCGUACUACUAACAGCAACCGAUCCAACGCACUGGAAGACCGAAUCACCUUCGCCUCCCCCGACAAACGCGCCAACCUCGAUGAGCCACUGCCCAAGUCAAGUAAGUUCCAGAAGCAGUUGGAGAAACGUCAACGCCGCUUCGAUGGCGGCUACAAAUCGUCGUACCGAUCGCCCAGCCCUCCGCCCUCUGAUGGACCCGUCGUCGGCACUAGCGAGACUCUGGAGAAGCGCUACCUGCGUCUGACUGCUCCUCCCGUGGCCUCCAUGGUUCGGCCCGAGCGCGUCCUUCACAAGACGAUGGAUCUCCUGAAGAAGAAGUGGAAGAAGGAGGGCAACUACUCUUACAUCUGCGACCAGCUGAAAUCCAUGCGGCAAGAUCUGACAGUACAGCGGAUCAAGAACGACUUUACAGUCACCGUUUACGAACUCCACGCCCGAAUUGCGUUGGAGAAGGGGGACCUUGGUGAGUAUAAUCAGUGCCAAACCCAGCUGCGUACUCUGUACGCAAAGGGAUUGAAAGGAAACCCCAUCGAGUUCAAGGCCUAUCGCAUUUUGUACUUUAUUCACACUGCCAAUCGUACCGGCCUGAAUGAUGCCUUGGCAGAUCUAACCACAGCAGAGAAGGAGGAGCGACCCAUCAAGCAUGCGCUUCAGGUGCGGUCCGCUCUUGCCUUGGGUAACUACCACAAGUUCUUCCAGCUCUAUCUGGACACCCCCAACAUGGGUGCGUACCUCAUGGACAUGUUCGUCGUUCGUGAGCGUCUAGCUGCUCUGUGCAACAUUUGCAAAGCAUACAAGCCAGACGUAAAGUUACGGUUCAUCACGGAGGAACUCGGCUUUGAGUCCGACGUUGAUGCGGCUCAAUUUAUUGUCGACUACAACGGUCAGCAUCUGCUCGAGGAACGACAGGAGUCUAUUGCUCUCUUGACCGGCAAAGCCGGAGCCCUCUUCGACUCCGCCAGAAGCGAGGCUUUCCGCAAGGUUGACAUCAAAGGACAGAUAUGAAUUCCUCGUCAUCUCUGUUCUCAUCACAAAUUGCUCUACACAACUUCUAACCACCCCUACCGCCGACCCCAAAGCCACUCGGGAGGUCUUGCUUCCACUCCUCCCUCCGGUUCUCUCUUCAAAGUCCACAGGCUUUGAUCUGUGGACUCAUUCCUCCUCGUUUCCUCUUUCUUCUCUUGUUUUCCUACCGACAGUUUCACAACAUUGGCGUGUCAUUUUACCUUGCAUCACUUGCGCCCUUCGAAGACGUCUAAUACCAGUUCUUGGUUACGAGCUUACGAAUUAUCGAUUUCUACCUCGCUGCCCGCCCCCCUCUGAUGGCAUUGACGCUUACGCACAGCUCCACGCAGCGGGGACAUCCUCGGCUGUUUCUCGAAGACAGCGCAGGA